CCAAAUCAAUAAUAAAAUAACUUGUUUCACUCUUGUUUCUUCUUCAAUCGAAAUAUCUAAUCAGAAAAUUCUGCGGAGCGGGAUACUAAAUUACUCUUUAAUUUCAAAGACUUCGCUUUGAUGAUAUUCAGAAAAAUGAAAGUAAAUUCACUUAUUCGUACCAUCCAUGGAUUUAAACGCAACUAUACCGUUAUUAGGUACUUUAGCGGUGCGGUACCACAAAAGGAAAACAGAAGUUAUUAUUUUAAAAAUGGAGCAAUUCCCUUGACUCCCAUAACUUUAGGCAACCUUUUAGAUACCGCUGCUGAUACAUACGGAGAUAGCAUUGCAUUUGCUUCAAAUCAUCAAGGAAUAUCAAAGACAUACUUAGAAUUUAAAAAAGAGGUAGAAACUUUAGCCUCAGGAUUCAUAGCUUGUGGUUUGAAAAGAGGGGAUCGAAUAGCUAUCUACAGUCCAAAUUGUUACGAAUGGUCUCUUACCCAAUUUGCAGCAGGAAAAGCUGGCUUGAUUUUGAGGUACUCUGCGAUUUAAAGAUGUGUCGGAUUCCAGAAACAAAGAGAGUGAUACCCUACUAACACAGACAGAGAAAUUAAUACAGUGUGAUGAUCCUGUAAACAUUCAAUUUACCUCGGGUACAACAAGCUUGCCAAAAGGAGCUGUUCUUACACAUCACAAUAUCAUUAACAAUGCUAUAUAUUCAGCACGGCGUGCUCAGUUUGAUUUGAUGAGACCAAUUUUGUGUUGCCAAGUACCUCUCUUCCAUACGUUCGGUUGUGUUAUAGGGACAUUGAGCCCCAUUCUUCAUGGUGGUACAAUUGUUUUUCCAAGUGCUGGGUUCGAUUCCAUAGAAAGCUUAAAAACUAUAGAAAAGUACAGAUGCAACGUUCUAUUUGGAACUCCAACAAUGAUAAUAGACAUUGUCAAGAAUUACAAGCUUCUUCAUCAUGACAUUAGUUCACUUAAACAAGUAACUAUAGGAGGAUCUCCUGCACCAGGUGGGCUUUUAAAAGAAUUACAAAAUGACUUGAAAAUUCAGAAAGUUCAAAUAGCUUAUGGUUUAACCGAAACUAGCCCUGUUAUAAGUUUAACAAAUCUAAAUGAAGGCAAGGAAGCUAUGAUAAGUGAUUUUCUGGAACCUAUAGAGGAACUCGAGUUGAAAAUCAUUGAUGAAGAGGGCCGAAUAGUUCCGAUAAACACAAAAGGAGAAGUUCUGGCUAGAGGCUAUUCAAUAUUUUCUGGCUAUUGGAACGACAAAGUUAAAACAGAAGAGGCUAUUGAUAAAUCAAAAUGGUUUCAUACUGGAGAUAUUGGUGUACUGAAUGAGAAAGGUCAUCUGAAAAUUGAUGGAAGAAUAAAAGACAUGGUCAUACGAGGGGGAGAAAACAUUUAUACAUCUGAAGUCGAGAGUUUCUUAAGUACUCACCCAGCAAUUCUCGAAGUUCAAAUUUGCGGCGUACCAGACGAAAGAUUGGGAGAAGAAUUAUGUUGCUGGAUACAUGUUAAAUCUGGAAUGAAUCUUACAGAAGAAGAGGUCCGUAACUUCUGCAAAGAAAAGAUCAGCAAUUAUAAGAUUCCACGCUAUAUCAUGUUUAUUGAAACAUUUCCAAGGACAGCAAGUGGAAAAAUUAAGAAAAAUGAAAUGACGAGAAUUUCUAAAGAACAAUUAAAUUUAUAACAUAUUUAAGAAGUUACUUAAUUAUUCUGUUACAAUUAUUAUUUAUAGGUAUCUGCUUAACUACGGUGUCUAUUUGAAAAAGGAAAAUAGUAAUUUUGGCUCUAAGUCUAUCUAGUAAAUUCAUUAUCAUCCUGUAAAAAAACUAGUAAAACGUAAAUUUUCCUUCUUAUCCUUUUGUUUGUCUUUAUAGUUUUUUUCUCAAAAGUAUCGGUGAAAAGAAAUUGACAGCAUUAUUAAUUAAAAUCCUUAUUAGAGACAAAAGAAAAAUAUUGAAACAAACUUAAUAUAACAGCAUUAUAUAACAGCAUAUAACAGCAUUAUAAAAUCAUUAAUUUAACAAAUUUUAAUAAAACUGCUGAGAAAAAUCGAAUUCUUACUUUUUUCUACCGCAUUGCAAUACUUAUUUGUAUAAUGUGGGAAAAAAAGCGAGGACUCUGAAUAACUUUUAAACCCACUAUCGGAGUUUUGCGUACCAGGUAUCACUCUUAACCGAUUCGAGAUCAUAACCUCAAAUAUACAAAUUAAUCAGUGCAGGCGAUAUUUUAAGUUGCGAGAUUAUACAUAAAAGCGUACUUUCUCUGAAUAAACAUCAGGAGAGCGGUUGAAGGAUUGCGCCCCUUAAUGUUAAUGAAUGUUAAUUACACUUUUUAUGUAUAGCUCAAGUACUGGUUAAGUGAAUCAAAACAGAUUCACACAGAAUAAAAAAAUUAGUUUUUCCAAAGUAAUGUAAAAAAUUAUUUUUCAUUAUUUAUUUACUUAUGGUAGAAAAAGAAACUUGAAUGAUAAUUAAAGGCAUACAAAUUCUUACAUUAAUUUAAUAUGCUUAAUUUUAAUUGAAAAAUCCAAAAUUUAAACUAAAUCGAUGAAAUAGCUGGUCAGAAAUAAAAAUUUAAAAAUUUGAUUUCUUUGUGAUGGGGAACUAAUUAAGUAAAUUAAUUAACAUAUUAAAAGUAAAUAAAUUAACAUAUUUACAAUAAGAGUCCCAAUCUUUCGACCGCUUACCUGCAUUAAAAAGUGGGACCAAAUUUUCCAGUUUUUGGCUACCCUCUCCCCACAUUUUGAGAGUCAACGAUUCGAAACUGCCAAAAAAAAGCAUGUUUAUUAUGAAAAAGUACUUUUAUUUUGUCUGACUUGGUCUGCACUGAUUAAUUAACAUGUUUAAAAUUAGGCCCUGUAACCACGAAAUUCAAAUUCCUUUCGCGUACUGAAAUUAAAUCGCAGUACGCGAAAAAUUAUUCAGCGUGUUCGCUCUUUCAUUUAUUUAUUUGCUCUGUGAUAUACUUGUAUAGUUAAAAAAUGCGAGUGAUGAAAAAUGUAGAAUACUUUUCAGAAUUUUAGAUGUUGUUAUCUCCGACGAAUCAAUCACCUAUGCGAAAAUCAAUAAUAUUUAAUAAAAAUUAUAUAAAAAUUAAAACAGAAAAAAAGUCGACUGAUCUGCUAAUAAAAUAUUAGUUUUUAAAGAGUUUUUUCUUCUGUAUCUCGAAUGAAGUAUUUUCUAAGUUUUUUGCACUUUAAAUUUUGUAAAACAUGUAUUAUUUCAUUCGCAGUUAAAGGAAAUGUAAAUGUAUUUCUGUUUUAAAUGUAUUUUUACAUUAUAAGAAUGUAAUGUAAUGUUAUAAGAAAUGUAAUAUAUUUAUGUUUUUAAAAUG